AUAUAAGCAGAAAUGACCUUGAUGUAAGCCAAGAUAUAAUGACUUGAUUGUGGAAAAUAAGGACUUGGAUCUGAACGUAUGAUAUUAUCUGAUGUCAUCUCAGGGUAAAACGUAUACCAUGGCCAGGGUGAGUGAUGGCACAGGUAGACCAAACUAUCUGAAGCAAGCCCAAACAGUGCACAAUAGGAGGCGCCACAGCGUACAAGGGCCAGCGAUGCCGAUGCCAAUGGCACAGUUAUUGUCGACUGAUGGCAAACUCGACCAUCGUCAUAGUUUAUCUGUUUCUCCAACUACUUCGCCAAUUCAGCUGAAGCGAUGUUUGGAAGAUGAACGUCGACGUCGCCAUAGCGACUUUCAGUCGACCCUGGAAACGUCACCAACACCUACAAUUAGUUUGGGACUUGCCCAUCUAGCUAUGCCAUACAGGCGUUGGAGUGAUCACCGUGCUCCAAUGACCAAGUCACAAUCCCUAGGAGACGCACAUGGCAGCUAUAUCAUAUUCAAGUCUGGGUCACCUAGUGGUUCCACUAGCAGGCUGCCAAGCAGUACUGCUGAACUUGAGGCUAUGGAAAUAGAAGAUUUAGAACAAAAUAGAGAUUGCGCAUUUUCUAAAUUCAUGAAGGCCCACAAAUGUUAUGACCUUAUCCCAACUAGCUCUAAGUUGAUCGUGUUUGACACGACGUUAAAUGUAAAGAAAGCCUUCUUCGCAUUAGUAUACAAUGGUGUAAGAGCUGCACCUCUAUGGGACUCUAACAAACAGGACUUUGUAGGUAUGCUUACUAUAACAGAUUUUAUCAGUAUUCUACAGAAGUACUAUAAAUCACCACUAGUGCAAAUGGACGAACUCGAAGAACACAAAAUAGAAACAUGGCGAGAUCAUGUGAUCACCCUGAGGCUAGCAGAGGUGCUAAAAGAUGAUUAUAAGCCUUUAGUCAGUAUAGACCCCGAUUCGAGUUUAUUCGAUGCCAUACGGACACUGAUCCACAAUAGAGUCCACCGAUUGCCAGUAAUCGACUACAAGACGGGUAAUGCCAUCUAUGUUUUGACGCACAAACGAAUACUUCGAUUCCUGUAUCUGUAUAUAGCUGACCUUCCCACACCAACCUUCAUGUCGAAGACCUUAGAAGAACUAGAUAUAGGUACCUACAAAGAUAUCGCAACUGUGAACCCUGAUACACCAGUUAUCAAGGCGCUCAACAUCUUUGUGGAGCGAAAAGUCUCCGCACUCCCAGUUGUUGACAGCAAAGGAACAGUUGUGAACAUUUACGCUAAAUUCGACGUCAUUAACCUUGCAGCUGAAAAGACGUAUAACAAUCUAGAUAUAACCAUAGAACAGGCGCUGCAGCAUAGGACUGAUUACUUUGAAGGAGUGGCCAAGUGCCUACAAACAGACACUCUUUCUGCUAUUAUGGAAAAAAUAGUGAAAGCUGAAGUGCAUAGACUAGUUAUAGUGGAUGAUAAGGAUAAGGUCUUAGGAGUUGUUUCACUGUCCGAUAUUCUUAGCUAUCUAGUACUUUCACCAGCUGGAGAAUUGCCGCCCAAGUUUUCAUGAUGAUAACGUGAAACAGUUGAUUCAACCCAGGGAUUAUUUAUUGAUACUUUAUACAUGAUGUUACACAUUAAGGAUACAUGAUGUUACACAUUUAGGAUACAUGGGUGUUACACAUUUAGGAUACAUUGAUGUUCACAUUUAGGAUACAG